AUGGGUCUCCGGUUUGUAUGUGUUCAGUGUGCGCUACAUGUGCAAAGUGUGUGCAAAGCGUGUGUACAGCAUGUUCUCCAUGUGAACUGUGACACAUGUACAAUCACUGUGUGUUUGUGUCUGACAGAGCCUGAGGUGUUGAGAUGUUUUGUUACGCUGAUAUCGGAGGACAACAAUUUUCCGGAGUAUCUCGUUGCUGUGAUGUUGGAGGAUGUUCAGAUCUAUCACUAUGAGAGCAACAGUCGGACAAUUGUCAUCCGGAUUCCCAGUGUACAGACGGCUGUUAAUGAUCAUCACUUCAACAUAUAUCUAGAAAUAUGGAAGUUAGUUCAUACGACAAUGAAGGAGAAUAUGCUGUAUAUGAUGGAGAGCAGAAAUAUCACGAGCGGGAUUCACUAUGUCCAGGUGUUGUCUGGCUGUGAGGUGAGGGAGGACGGCACUACAGACGGACACCUCACAGUCGCGUUCGAUGGUGAAGAUUUUCUCAGCUUUGACAAAAACGACCUGAGAUGGAUUUCUGCUGUUCCCGAGGCUCAGACCCUGAGACAGAAACUGGAAAAUCAGACAGACAUGAAUAAGUAUUUGAAACAGGACCUGGAGAAUGAUUGUCCGACUCGGAUGGAGGAAUACUAUCAGCGUUCAAAAUCCGCCUUCCAGAGACAGACCUCGCUGUGUCAGGGUGGGCUCAGUGCUGAGCUGUGUGUGACUGUGCUCCCCUCCCCAGGCCGCCCUGACGUCUCAGUCAGUUACAGGAGGGACGUGGGGGGGAGAGCCCUUCUCUCCUGUCUUGUUACUGGCUUCUAUCCGCGGCCCAUCGAGGUGACCUGGACAAGGGACGGCAACACUGUCCACGAGGUGGAGUCCAGCGGUGUAUUACCCAACCACGACCACACCUUUCAGACAGUGAAGCAGAUGGAGCUGGAGACGGGCUCCGCGGGGGAGCAGGGCUUCUCCUGUCUGGUGGAGCACAGCAGCCUCCAGGGGGUGUUGGAGGUGCCGUGGGAUGGGAAAACAGGGAGAACUCCGGCCGGUUCCACUUCCUGGAUCCUGGGCCUCAUCAUCGGGGCUUUGCUGGUGUCUGGGAUUGUGGGGAUUCUCUUCUGGAAAAGAAAACGAAAGAAAAAAGAUGAAUGGCACUGUCGCGGGAACCGAUUAUCAGAGAGAAUCAUAGAAUUAUACAGCACAGAAGGAGGCCAUUCGACCCGGGACUCACCAGUACAGCCGUCCAUCCAGUAA